ACAAUGCAACUCCGAUGCAUUGCCGUGGUGUGCAUCGCGUUGGGUGCCUACCGCGUGGAAUCCCAGGACUAUUGCCGCACAGAACUCUGCCCCGUGGACACCGUGCACAUUGGGUGCCGCAAUCGUGGGAGCUUUUCCCGUUCGUGUCCCGCGGACGCCGCUCGACUGGACAUCGAUGAGGCGGCCCAAAAUCAGUUGCUGCAUGCCCACAACACACUGCGCCAGAAGUGGGCCAGCAGCGGGGGCACUGUACCGCGGUCCGCCUGCCGCAUGGCCACCAUUUCUUGGGACCCGGAGCUGGCCCGCCUCGCCGAACUCAAUGCCAGGCAGUGCCUCUUGGAGCACGACAAGUGCCACAACACCCAGAAGUACAGGAAAUCCGGUCAGAAUCUCUAUAUGGCGGGAUUCGCUGGGAUCAUUCCCAGCGCCGUGGAUAGGAUCCUCAAACGUGCCAUCGACGAUUGGGCAGCCGAGGGCAAUGACAUCACCGCAGAGCAGCUGCAAGCCUUCCACCUAGGCGGACCGGAUAUAACGCACUUUGCGGUGAUGGCCAAUGAGGCGAACGUGGCCGUGGGCUGUGCCGUGACGCGGUUCAAGCGACAAGGCUUCCAUCAUUUUCUGGUGGCCUGCAACUAUGCCACGGGCAACACACUGCACAAGCCCGUGUACUCCUCCUGCUCGGUGGCCGGCAGUGGGUGCCAAACGAAGGCCAAUCCCCAGUACCCCGCCCUAUGCUCAAAGGAGGAGCAGAUACAGCUCUAAUGCUAGGCAGUAUAUGGGUAGGAAUAGGCGCUCAAGAAGAGCGCUGAAGAGCAACAGGACAGAGCGACAAAGGGGAGCUAUAGAUCAAACUUUGAGGAUAUUUCUUACCGCGUGUGUUUAUCAUUCGUUUUCACAGUUUCUUUAUUUGUUUGUUUGUUCGCUUCGUUUUCUAGAUUUUAUUUGUUCUUUAUUUACACAAUAAUAGUUUGCAGACACAAAAAAAAUAAUAAUUACAAUAAUCAUAAUCGUAAACGUAAAGUAAGUAAAAAAAAAA